AUGUCUUUGAAGACAUCUAUCGCGGCCCUCGCGCUGUUCGCGUCGGCGCUAGCGCUGCCGGAAUCGACGAAAUCCCUCAAUGCCCGCGCUAAUACAUGCACCCCGAAGUCAGGGGGCUCGGCGUCUACAGACGAUGUGCCAGCCAUUGCCUCGGCAAUUUCGUCGUGCGGAAAAUGGGGGACGAUUGUCAUUCCUGCUGGGACAACAUAUUAUUUGAACAGCGUACUUGACUUCGCAGGCUGCGCAGGAUGUGACUUCCAAGUCGAGGGACUGUUGAAACUCAGCUCAUCGACGGAUUAUUGGGAAGGGCGUACAGCGAUGAUCAAUGUGAAGAAUAUUGAUGGAAUCAAAAUUCGAUCAUUGACGGGCAAGGGAAUCAUCGAUGGCAAUGGGCAGAAUGCAUGGGACCUAUUUGCCAAAGAUACCAGCUAUGCCCGCCCAACAUUGCUAUACAUCACCGGGGGGUCGGACAUUGAGGUCUCAAACCUGCGCCAGAAGAACCCACCCAAUGUCUUCAACUCCGUGAAGGGAGACAGCAAGAGAGUGCUGUUCAGCGAUCUCAAGAUGGACGCCACGUCAAAAAGCGACAAUAGGCCUAAAAACACAGAUGGCUUCGACAUCGGCGCCAGCACAGAUGUGACCAUCAAGGACGUGAACGUGAGCAACGACGACGACUGCGUGGCCUUUAAGCCAGGCGCGAAUGGUGUGACUGUCACGGAUAUUACCUGCACCGGAAGCCAUGGAAUAUCUGUCGGAUCACUGGGUAAAAGUUCAGAUGACUUCGUGAAGAAUGUCUACGUAUCUGGAGCGACAAUGAUCAACUCGACCAAGGCUGCUGGAAUCAAGACAUAUCCCUCCGGUGGAUCUCAUGGCGUUGCGACCGUGAGCAAUGUCACCUUCACAGAUUUCUCGGUCGACGGAUGUGACUAUGCCAUUCAGAUCCAGAGCUGCUAUGGAGAAGAUAGCGAGUACUGUGCCAAGAACCCUGGAAACUCGGAUUUGACUGGUAUCGUCUUUGACAAGUUCAGCGGGAAGACCAGCGGGAAGUAUGAUGCUGUUACGGGAAAUCUUAACUGUGGAUCUGAAGGGACCUGCGAUGUGCAUGUUAGUUCUUAUACCGUCAAGCCCCCUUCUGGGGCGGCUAAGGUGCUGUGUGCUAAUAUGCCUUCGGAUCUGGGAACGACGUGCACAUCUGGUGCGUCGGGGUAA